CUUCUUCUUCUUCUUCUUCUUCUGUUAUGUCUUUUGGUUUUUUAAAAGUGGAAGUAAGGGAUUAGGUUGGUUUAUGGGUGACAUUGAUUUAUGAAUACCACAAAAUGAAGUCAAACUUAUUCGUUUCUACUCUGCACAGUUUUCUAUCAAGUUGUAUAUUAUGACAAGACAGUGUUAACAUUUUACUUGUCCACUUCUAUUCUAGAGAGGUGAGUAAUGAAACAUUUGUUCCUUCUAUGUCUAACACACUAUUGAAUAAAACUGCACAUCUAUUUCAGUUAGCUAUACAUACAAUGAAAAUAUUGAAAAUGACUUGUAACUCAGUUAUUGUUUGAUCGUUAAUGCCUAUAAAUGAGACUAAACUACGAAUUCUGUGAGUGUUUUGAAUGGUAAAAAUGGUGGAAUACUCACUUCACAGAAGUAAUCAAAUGUAUACCAGUUGGUAACUCCUCAGUCAUUAUUGUUGAAUAUUCAAAUAUUUCCGUUUGAUUUUAACAAUCAUGAAAUACACAUAAAGAAACUAGAUAGUAUGAAAUAGAGUUAAACAGUUAUUUUUUAACAUUAUGUUAUAUUUGUUUCAUAAGGCUAGAUCUGUAUCAACAUUUUACGGUCACCACUAAACAUUAAACAUGAUGGUAUCAAUGAAUCAUAGUUUUCAACAUACCAAAUGUUUACAAAUCAAUUCCAGCAUAGUGUACGAUCUCUAUCACAAUUAUAUCUUAAAGGAUUGAUUCAGGCUACAAAGGAAUAUAAACCACGACAGCUGUGGGCUUUGAUAUAUUGAAAAUCAUUGAUCAAAUCCGUCCACUUCAUUUUCGAUCGAAUUAUUGUUUUAAAAACUACAAUUUAUUACUACUUUGAAUAAAAAUCAGUAAUAUGUAUAAACUACACAAAAUAUUUUCACAGUAAAUGUAUAUUUUAAAAAAAGAUUUAAUUGUUCUCUUAUGUAUACUUCACUAAGAGAUCAAUUUCAGUUCUAAAAAUCAUGUUAUACACUUAGGGUAAGUCAUCAUUUUAUAGAAGUAUAGUUUUAACUUAAAUAGAAACUUGAUCCAUACCAAAACGGUAAUGUUUAUUUAGAUCAAAUUACUUUGAAGAAUACAAAUUCUGCAUAUAAUCGAUUUGUCGACAUGUAGGGUUACAAAUAUAAAUCUUAAUCCGUUCAUAAAUACCUGUUAUGUCUAGUCAAUAGUAUAUAUUAAUAUCCUUUUGUUACACUUUUCACAACAAUCUAGAUGAAAUAAUGCAUUCCGAUUUUCUACUAUCUACGGUAGUGCUAACAUUAUCACUUAUAUUUCUUGAAGGAAUUAAUGUAGUGACUGGAGAAGGUGUUAUUUUCAACUUUAGGGAACUGUUUACAGAUUCUUGGAAAAACUUAUAUUUACGUUUGAAGGGGACAUUCGAAUUAUUCCUUGAUGAAGAUUUGGAAAAGAAAUAUGGAGGAAAAUCAAAAUAACUUUUAGACUUAUGUAAUUUCUUUUACUCUGUUUAGUUUUCUUUUUACUACAGUCUAAAAUUGAAAUCUGAUCUAAUCA